AUGCCAGCAUCCAAUGCUAGUGACGGGUUUGACGAAGAUGAGAAUUUCAUUGUCGAUAUCGACGGCAUUCAAGCGCACGGUAUUGGUGCUUCUGAUAUCACAAAGCUGAAGGCAAAUGGCUUCUAUACCGUUGCUUCUGUCCACGGUGCCACUCGUAGAAAGCUACUCAAAAUUAAAGGGUUCAGUGAAAUCAAGGUUGAGAAAAUCAAGGAAGCAAUCCAGAAAUGUCAGCCCUCCGCUUCAGGUUUUAUGACAGCCAUGGAACUUGGCCAUCAGAGGAGAAGAGUGGUAAGAGUUUCCACUGGAAGUAAGCAGUUCGAUGCCAUUCUCAAUGGGGGAUUUCAAAGCAUGAGUAUUAGCGAAGUCUACGGAGAAUUCCGUUGUGGUAAAACACAGCUGUCCCACACAAUGUCGGUGGUUGCCCAAUUACCAAAGGAGAUGGGGGGUGCAGAAGGGAAAGUAGCCUAUAUCGACACAGAAGGAACAUUCCGCCCUGAACGAAUCAGCCAGAUUGCUGAAAGAUUCGGCGUUGAUCCUGACUCUGCACUGGAAAAUAUUGCAUAUGCCAGGGCGUUAAAUAGCGAGCACCAGCUCGAGCUGUUGAACACAUUGGCUAAGGAGUUUGCAGGAGGAGAAUAUCGACUCCUUAUCAUUGACAGUAUUAUGAAUUGCUUUCGUGUAGAUUACUGCGGUAGAGGUGAACUCGCAGAGCGUCAACAGAAGCUCAAUCAGUUUCUCAUGAAGCUGGCCCACAUGGCUGAAGAAUUCAACGUUUGCGUUCUCAUGACAAAUCAAGUACAGAGCGACCCGGGAGCUAGUGCCUUGUUUGCUGGCGCAGAUGGCCGUAAACCGGUUGGCGGGCAUAUUCUGGCACAUGCGUCAACGACGCGAGUGCUUCUUCGUAAGGGGCGCGGCGAGGAAAGAGUUGCCAAGAUCCAAGAUUCUCCAGACUGUCCGGAGCGCGAAGCAACAUACAUCAUUACAAACGGUGGAAUAAAUGAUCCAGAGAAGGCAUAA